AUGGGUCUGCUGCAGCAGAAGUGUGUUGGGCGCUUGCUUUUUGUGCUGUCCCUCCUGGAGGCUGCCGGGGCAUUGGCCCUUAUGUUCUACGCGCUGCUGUGGGAAGCUGGGAACCUGGUCAACCUCCCUGACAAACGCAUCGGCUUUUACAACUUCUGCCUGUGGAAUGAGACAGCCCAGGCGCUGCAGUGCCUGGACUACAGACAUCUGCAGGUGAUGGGCAUCAGCCUGCCAGGAAUUGCGUUAGCCAGGGUUUUUGUGUACACCUGCCUGGUCUUCAGCAUCUUCUACCCCAUUUUUGUAGCACAUGUGAAGUGCACAGAGGAGAGAGAGGGCUGGAAGGUGAUCCUCAUCAUACUCAUCAUCAAGAUGAUAAUCCUGUCUGGAGGCCUGGGUAUAUUUCUUUUCCAAACCUCACAGUGGAUUCAUCCCUCUGAUUUCACUGGGGGCUUCCUAGCACUGGUUGGGACUCAGGUUAUGCUACUGAUCCAGAUUCUCACCAUCACUAUGUACCUUAGAUGGGCCAAGUACACACACCUGCAUCAAAGCCCUUUUACUGAGAAGGCCCUGCCCAUUGAGAUUUGA